UUUUUUUUUUUAAAGUCUGAUAGUAGGUAAUGGACUGUAAUGGACACAAUCAUGACAAUCAUUACAGAUCAGUUUUGAGGAUUUUUGUGGUUUCCCUCAGGUGUAAACCAUGGUUUUGCUAGCUUUUCUGUAAACUUUCUAUUUUAUUUGACAGAAUGCUCCGCUUUUAUAACAUCAUAGAAAGGAAAGUUUUCAUGAAACGCGUUAUAUCUUUAACUGGUACGGUAUUAAAGGAUUGUGUAAAGCGAGUUUUCGAACAAAAUUUAUUUUUUGUGUGCCAUGAGCUUGCUUUUGAGUGUUGCCAAAGCUACUUACUUCAUUAGAUUCAAAUUUUAAGCUUUUAUACGAACAGGUUUUUUUCCAUUCACGUUUCAAUAUUCUUCUUCUUUGGCACAACAAACGUUGUCGGUCAAGGCCUGCCCUGUACCCACUAAUGAAGUGGGAUUGGCUUUCAGUGACUUUUUGUUCCAAUAGCAGACUAGUCAGUCCUACAUAUGGGGGCACGGUCUAUUCGGGUCUUGAACCCAUGACGGGCAUGUACUUAAGUCGCACAGCCCACCAGACCGGGCCAACCGUUUCAAUCUAUACGUACUAAAAUUUGAAAUUUAUUCACAAAAAUGUUUUCAUCCAUCGCAUAUGUGUGACUUUUUAUCCAUUCUUGGGGUCCAAUGAACUCAACAGAUAAGAUAGAGAUAUCGAAAGGAGUUCUUGAAUCUAACGAUUCAAAAGCUUUUUAAAAUAAAAAUAAUCUUUUUUCAAUUCAGAAACAAAGUAAACUUGCUCGAAGCUAUUGUUGAUUGAUUAGAUUAGACUUGAUUAGAACCAUCAAAAUAUCAUAUUUGAGAAUACCUAAGUGACGAAAUAUAUCAUAACUGUAGCAGUCGAUAUCUUCUACAUCUAUUCAUCUACACGAGUAGUUGAUUAAUAAUAAUAAUAAUAAUAAUAAUCAACAAAAACAAAUAAUAUUUAUUCAUUUAUUUUGUGCACAACCGCUUACUCUUACAGUACACAAGGCUAUUAAUAUUAACCAAAAGUAUUAUUUAUCCGUUCUGGCAUAUUUAUUUUACUGCCGUAACAGGACUUGUUUGUUUUGCAGUUUGGUUUUCUGUUAUUUUCAUUGGCCAACACAGCAGAGUAACAAACGGGAGCCAAACGCUUCAAACGCUCUUUUCGAUGAAAAUUUAUGCCGAAUAAUAUCAUCACCCCAGCCUACUGUUGCUUCAUGUGUAUAGCAAGUAGUAGGGAUUGGCUUCGAACCUACCGGAACAGGAACCACCGAAUGUGUUGGUUUCAAUGGGUUCAGGAGAGUGUGAUGCCGGUUCCAACUCAUGGAGGCAGCCGAGUGCAUAAGUCAUCAUACGAGUUGUGGCGUAACCGUUAAAACGACGGGACGGAAUCGAUUCCCGAUAGAGUACGGACCCCGGACCUCGAUACGCACGUGGCCGGAUUCGUAUGAGUAUCCACCACUAAUAUUUACACUUCACGAUGCUGCUUUCCGGUGAAACUACUACAUGUACAGUCGAACGGCAGUUGAAAAGGAAAGGGCGAGGAGGAAUGAUGGGAGAGGAAACUCGCCAAGAACGUUGACUUUCGUUCGGUAUGUUUUGGCACAUUUUUGCCUUUCCUUUUUUGUUUCCUUAAUUUUGCUUUGGUCAAUGUUUGCCGUCAUGAUGAUGCCGGAUGGAUGGAUGUGGUUAGGUAGGUUCGUUGAGCCCAAAUCGGUGCGCUAAAGUGUACAUUGUUGAUAUUUUAUUGCACACACCUUUGCGAUACUGCCGUGUGCUGAUCAUUUCACACAUUGGCUCACAAACACGGUUGCGAACUGUGUUUACUAACCCUGCCCUGUCCCUUUGCCUGGACACGUCUAGCCAAAGGCUUCAAGCUAAUCCUGUUCGUAGCCACGCAAAGAUUAACUGAUAUCACACUAAGCAUUGUUGACAUCCGUAUCAUUCAUACUGCAACGCAGUAGAGCGAUGUUGCAGCAAUACAGCUGAAUGCUUCUGUUUGGUUUGACACAUCCAACGAACGCUCCGUUCUUUUGGUGCAAACAACAGAAGGUUUGUAAUUGAAGGGCUGUAAAGAUACUGGCUGUAUUAGCCCUUGAAGUACAAUGUGUAUUGUAGCUCUGUUACAUUUUUGCUCGAGUGCUUAGGCCCACUGUGGGAGCUGCACUUUCUUGCAACGGCGUGAUAACACAAGUGCUGCAGUGUGUCGCUGGUUAUUUAGUGGCUUUUUUAAAGAUUUCGUUAAGAAGCUGCAUCUUCGACAAGCGUUAAACCAUUGUUGGCCAUUCCAUUGUGCACUUGCAUUCAUGUACCUUCUCAUCUGCGAACGUUGACUGGUGGUGUGCAGCAAUGCAGCAAUGCUCGUGAACCAACAAAUGCAUUCACUCGUCAGCGAAACGUCAGCGAACUCUUGCCUUCGGUUAUUCAUUCAGCAAAAUGCUUGUUGCGUUUUUUGUUCCCACCGAAACACGAUUGUGCCAUGCGCAUAAGAUUCAUGCACACGACCACCACCCUGCUGCACACACGACUCACUCAAAUAACUGUCUCAGAUGGGUCGACAAAAAAAGCGAAUAAACACCAAUGCACACCCAGCUUAACGUAGCAUUUAUUUUUUCUCUCUUCUGCGUGGGAUUCCCUUACCCAAACACUUCGCCCACACUUACACACACUUGCACACUUGCACACACUAUGGGCGGACACGAAUGGGGUUAUGGUGCAUUCCAUUGCAUCGGAUUGCAAUAUCACCCCACAGCAUCUCUCUCUCUCUAUCUCUUUCUUUCUUUCUUUCUUUCCCUCUCUUUCUCUCUUUAUUUAUUUCUUUCUUUCUUUUUUCCUUUCUCUCUCUUUUAUAUAAACAUUAUUUUGCUCCACUUAGACGAGAAUAAAUGCAGUUGUUGUUCCUUUCGUUACAUUUACCGACUACAGCAGACUACAGAACAUAUUGUUAUUGUACUGAUCAAUGCUUCAUACAUUAGUCUAACUUUUCCUAUCAGUAGACCGCUUGUGACCGCCAGUGCCAGGGCCACAUGUUGACAACAAGCUGUGUACAUUCAGCAAGUGUGGUCCAGAUGGAUCUAUUUUCGUAACGCGCAAAAGCACACAUGCACAUACAAUGUUUCCUUCCCCUAUUAAAGCCGUGAUGCGCGUUGUACCGGCUUCAAACAUGAAAUUAUGGUGUUCUUAAAAAACACACACAAAUCAUUUGUUAAAGUCUCAUUUUUGUACGUGGGCGCUACCCCGUAAUGGCCGUAACAGAUGGCUUGACUGUUGGCGUAAAAGGAUGCAGUCAAGUCGCAACCAUCGUCGGAUUACUUGUUGGUGCAUCGUGACUGACCGCGUGCACCGUCCAUGUGACGACCCGCCUGAUGUGGCCCCCACCGGGCGGGGCUGGCUCGCUGCACCAUGGAACGACCACAUCGUGUACCAACACAUCGCCAAUGCAAUUUCAAUGCUCACACACAGAGAGAGGAUAGAUGCGCGCCUCUCGGAUGCGCUCCAAUCGGGGCCAUGGACAGUUGCAAUAGUGCUGUGUGUACGCGCAAAGGAAGUGUGGUGUGUGGGAACUGUGUUGGGUGUUGCGAGCGAGCUGAAAACCGAUCGAUAACAAAGUUCAACUGGUUAAGCGGUUUGCAGACGCAUUAUAUCGUAAAUCAUAUUUCAUCUCAGCCGCUUACUCCUCACUGCCAUCGUCGAAACGCACGCACAGCGGACGCAAGGAUGGCCGUCUUCCAAAUGGGUUCUCAUACCCACGCCAUCUCGAUGACGUUGUACCGUGACAACCGAAUGAAGGUGGUCAAUGAACUGCAGCGUGCCCAUAAUUUUGGAGCCGAUUCGAAGCCUGUAAUUCUGCUUCAAGGAGGAGACAACAUUAGUCACUACGACACGGACGUGGAUUAUGUAUUCCGUCAGGAAUCGUACUUUACCUACCUGUUCGGUGUGACGGAACCGGGUUGCUAUGGAACGGUCGAGAUCAAAACCGGACGUGCAACGCUGUACGUGCCCCGAUUGCCGGAAGAAUAUGCCGUUUGGAUGGGACCGUUGCUUGGCUUGGAGGAUUUCAAGAAGAAGUACGAAGUGGACACCGUACACUACGUCGAUGAGAUUUCAAAACGACUUUCUGAUGUAGAACCAUCGGUGUUGCUACUUUUGAGUGGACCAAAUUCGGAUAGCGGAUCAGUUGCCAAACCGGCUUACUUCAAAGGCAUUGAAAGCUUUGUGGCUGACAGUGACAUCUUGUUCCCAGUGAUUGCGGAAUGUCGCGUCAUCAAAUCUCCGGCCGAAAUCGAAGUUCUGCGCUAUGUGGCGCGCGUAUCAUCCGAUGCGCACAAAGCCGUUAUGAAAGCGAUGAAGCCGGGCAUGCACGAGUAUCAAGCGGAGGCGGAAUUUUUGCGCCACUCGUACGCUGUCGGAGGCUGCCGGCAUGUGUCGUACACUUGCAUCUGUGGUGCGGGCACCAACUCGGCAAUCCUGCACUACGGCCACGCCGGUUCCCCGAACGAUUGUGCGAUUCAGGACGGUGCCAUGUGUCUGUUCGACAUGGGUGCGAAUUAUGGCGGCUACGCGGCGGAUAUUACGUGCAGCUUUCCGGCCAACGGCAAGUUUACCGCGGACCAGCGGCUCGUCUACAACGCCGUAUUGGCCGCCCGCGAUGCGGUCUGUGGUGCGGCCCGCGAAGGCGUUUCCUGGGUCGAUAUGCAUUUGCUUGCCAAUCGGGUGAUGCUGGAGGAGCUGCGCAAAGGUCAGCUGCUGCAGGGUGACGUCGAUGAGAUGAUGGAGGCCGGUUUGAAUGCCAUCUUUCAACCGCACGGAUUGGGCCACUUUUUGGGGCUGGAUGUGCACGACGUCGGUGGGUAUCUGCCGGGCUGUCCGGAACGCUCCAGCAAGGCCGGAGUCAAUCGGCUGCGUACGGCGCGCACUCUCAAGGCGGGCAUGUAUCUGACCAUCGAACCAGGAUGCUAUUUUAUCGAACCGCUGCUGAAUAAGGCGUACGCAGACCCGAGUCUCAGCAAGUUCUUGGUAAAGGAAAACCUCGACCGUUUCCGCAACUUCGGUGGGGUGCGCAUUGAGGACGAUGUCCUCAUUACCAAGACCGGGAUUGAAAAUUUCACCCUUGUUCCGAGGACCGUUGAUGAAAUUGAAGCCUGGAUGGCCAAGUAAUUCAGACACCAACCAAGCGGGGAGACAAUGCUAAAUAGGACGAAAAGGUCCUUUUAACUCCAACUGGAGCGCCAAUAUAUAAUACCCCUUUUCUUAUCUUCCACUGCAAGUCAAAUGACUUGAAUAUUCCGCAAAAUGUGAGCGGUUCUAUUUGUUUUGUUUCAAUUUAUCAAUCAAUUUAAUAAAAUUUAGCACCCAAAAA